AUGCGUAAUUAUGGAUGGGGGUUGUUUGGGAGUUGUAGAGUCUUGUAUUGUCUUGCUGUUCAUCUCCUGAGUUAUGUUGGGUUUCAGGUUGGAGCUGUAAGGGACGCAUUUGUCAAUUAUUGGGUCCAUGGCAACAUGUUGACGAAGGAUGUAACAACCCAAAUAUUUACAAUCUUGAAGCAGCCAGAUCUCAAAUACCUCACUCAGGAUGACUUCAAACCAGUGCUUCGAGAACUUUUGGCAACUCAUCCGGGGUUGGAGUUCUUGCAGAGCACACCUGAAUUCCAAGAAAGAUAUGGCUUAAGGGAAGCCACCUCAUGCACAGAUUGUGCUCUAUCUAGAGCAUCCUACCUGGCACCACCUUGCGUUUCUUUGGUGUUUGUUUUAUUGCAUUGGGCAGCUGAAACUGUAAUAUACAGAAUAUUUUACUACGUGAAUAGAUCGGGUAAUGGUUGUCUUACCCUCAGGGAGCUGAAACGCGGAAACUUAAUUGUGGCAAUGCAAUAUGCAGAUGAAGAAGAGGACAUCAACAAAGUUUUGAGGUACUUCUCUUAUGAACACUUUUAUGUGAUAUAUUGCAAGUUUUGGGAGCUGGAUACCGAUCAUGAUUUUUUGAUCGAUAAAGAGAACCUUAUUAGAUAUGGUAAUCACGCACUGACCUACAGGAUUGUUGACCGAAUAUUUUCUCAGGUUCCAAGAAAGUUCACCAGUAAGGUUGAAGGAAAGAUGGGAUAUGAAGAUUUUGUUUACUUCAUAUUGUCAGAGGAGGAUAAAUCAUCUGAGCCUAGUCUUGAGUACUGGUUCAAGUGCAUAGAUCUGGAUGAAAAUGGAGUUAUUACAAGGAAUGAAAUGCAGUUUUUUUAUGAGGAGCAGUUGCAUAGAAUGGAGUGCAUGGCUCAGGAGCCUGUGCUUUUUGAGGAUAUUUUGUGUCAGAUAGUUGACAUGAUUGGACCAGAGAAUGAAAGCUAUUUUACGUUGAGUGACUUGAAGAGUAGCAAACUUUCGGGCAGCAUGUUCAAUGUUCUUUUUAACCUAAAUAAGUUUAUGGCCUUUGAAACACGAGAUCCUUUUCUAAUUCGUCAGGAGCGUGAGAACCCAACGUUGACAGAAUGGGAUCGCUUUGCACACAGGGAAUAUAUUAGGCUUUCAAUGGAGGAAGAUGCUGAAGAUGCCUCUAAUGGAAGUGCUGAUGUUUGGGAUGAAUCACUUGAGGCUCCCUUUUGAGUUCUAAUUGAGUUUUCUGAGAAUUCUUUGUUUCGAGCUGCCUACCAAGCAACAAGGCCACAAUUUUGCUGGAGAAGUGAUUGAAUGGGAUCAUCAAACAAUGUCGAACCCGGCGAAGAGGUGUUCUGGGUUCACAGAGUGAAAUUCAUUGAUCUGCAGAGCAUGCCAACCAUGUGAUGGUGGCCAUAAGUGCCAUGUUCGUGUGAAAGCUUUGAACUAGCAUAGUAAAGAGCUCGUCGACAGUGGGCUAAUUGGUGAUAGGUGAUUACUCAAAUCAGUUUAUGGUUACACAACUUUGUAGCAACUUGCCUCCUCAGCAGGAAGAAAUCAUUACUUUUAAGUAUUUCUUCUAGAGGUAAUGGUUAGGUACUGUUUUGACACAUCUUUCUCAGAAUGGUAUCAGUGUAGUUAAGUUGUUUUGGCGCUUUUUUGUAUUCUUUGCAAUUCAUACUUCAAUGGUGGUUAAUAUUCUAUUUCUGUCGGGAAUUUUUCUGUAUCUACUUUCUUCAGUUUGAAAUUUUUUAUGACGGCAUUUUUUUUUUCCUUUCUAAGAUUAGCUAUUUUAUUGCUUUCUGCUGAAGAAAUUGGAAAUCUAAUCUAAUGAUGACCAGCAUGAG